AUGCUGCUCACCGUCUGCGUGCUCUACAACUUGUGGACGCUCAUCGUGCGCCAGAGCUUCCCCGAGCUGCAGCAGCGCGCGCCCGCCUUCUGGCUCUCCUGCGACUCCAUUAGCGACGCCGUCUUCCUGCUCGACGUCGCCGUCCAGUUCCGCACAGGUUACCUGGAGCAGGGCCUGAUGGUAUACGACUCCAAGAAGCUGGCGGGCCACUACCUGCGUUCGAGGGCCUUCCUGCUCGACCUGAGCGCGUUGCUCCCACUAGACCUGCUCCAGAUCAACCUGGGCACCAACCCCAUCCUCAGGUUCCCAAGGUUUCUCAAGGUGUACCGCGUCUACGACUACUACUACAUGGUGGAGUCACGCACCGUCUACCCCAACCUGUGGCGCGUCGUCAACCUCAUCCACAUCCUCAUGAUCCUGGCGCACUGGUUCGGCUGCUUCUACUACUUGCUGAGUGAGGCCGAGGAGUUCCAGGGCGACUGGGUGUACCCGUACCGGCCGGGAGAGUACGCGACGCUGACGCGCAAGUACCUGGGCUCGCUGUACUGGUCGACGCUGACCCUCACCACCAUCGGCGACCUGCCCACGCCGGAGAGCAACCUGGACGAUGGAUCGCCGAACGGCCCCAAACACCUGCCCAGGCGCGGUCUCAAAUCCCGAAUACUCCAGUUCAAAUCCAACCGCGGGUACAUCUUCACCAUCGUCAGCUAUCUCAUCGGCGUCUUCAUAUUUGCCACCAUAGUGGGCCAGGUGGGCAACGUGAUAACCAACCGGAACGCUAACCGGUUGGAGUUCGAGCGGCUUCUGGAUGGCGCCAAGACGUACAUGCGCCACCACAAGGUGCCGGGCGGUAUGAAGCGGCGGGUGCUGCGCUGGUACGACUACAGCUGGUCCAGGGGGCGAAUUCAGGGCGGCGGCGACAUCAACACGGCCCUGGGUCUGCUGCCGGACAAGCUGAAGACCGAGCUGGCGCUGCACGUCAACCUCAGCGUCCUCAAGAAGGUGACCAUCUUCCAAGAGUGCCAACCUGAGUUCCUGCAUGACCUCGUGCUGAAGAUGAAGGCGUACAUCUUCACACCGGGUGACAUCAUCUGCCGCAAAGGCGAGGUCGCCAGGGAGAUGUUUAUUAUCGCGGACGGCAUCCUCGAGGUCAUCAGCGAGACCGGGAGGGUGCUAACCACGAUGAAAGCGGGGGACUUCUUCGGUGAGAUUGGGAUCCUGAACCUCGACGGUCUCAACAAGCGGACAGCGGACGUGCGCUCUGUGGGCUACUCGGAGCUGUUCAGCCUGUCGCGGGAGGACGUGCUGGCCGCCAUGAAGGACUACCCGGAGGCGCAGGAGAUCCUGCAGAACCUCGGCAGGAAGAGGUUGAUGGAGGCGCGCAACAUGAACAAGCCCAAGACUGCGGCCGGCCACGGCAGCGGCCACGGCCGCCACGGCGAGCACGGCGGCGGCGAGGCGGGCGACGACAGCGCCGGCAAGCGCAUCGUGGACCGCCUGCGCUCCGACGUCAAGGGGCUCAAGAACGCGCUGCGCAAGAGCCGCAGGGGCCACAGGACGAACGACGAGUCGCUGGAGCUGCAGCCGCUGAACCCGGACGGGGGGCCGGCGCCCAGCGAGCGCCACGGCUCCGGCAAGGGCGUGCUGCGCCGCAUGUCGCGCGUCCGCAGCGACGAGGCCGACGACAUCGGCCGGCCGGCUGCCGACAACCACCCGCAGGGCGCCAGCCUGCUGCCGGGCGCGCAGCCCAUGUCGCCGUCGGAGAAGCUGGGCGCGGGCCUGCCGCUGCUGCAGCGACUGCGCAUGCUCAAGGAGAAGCAGGAGCGCGAGGAGCGCAAGCUGCUGCCCGCGUCGCCGCCGUCGCCGCCGCCGGCGCCCGCCCCCGGCGAGCGGGACCGGCCGGCCACCCCCGAGCGCGAGCACGAGGUGCUGGGCGCCGGCCUACCGCUGCUGCAGCGCCUCAAGCUGCUGAAGCAGAAGGAGAAAAAAGCAUUGUUAAAGACCACGGGAAAACGUGUAUCGAACAGUUCUAAAAAUUUGGUAUCGGACAAUUCAGUAACUUCGAGUGGUGUCAGUUAUACAUCAGACUACGGCAUGAAUCCGUCCAGCCUGUCGCCCCCGACGACGGCGGACGACUCGCGGCUGCACUCGGGCCCCUCCUCUGAGGAGGACUCUGCGGCUCCUCGCAGAGUCGCCGCCGGCAGCUCCAUCCUCACACGGCUCGCCUCGCUCAAGCACGCUGGUCGGCAGCCCAGCGCGGCGUCGUCGACGGCGUCGAGCGACCGGCACAGCGACGCGGAGGCGGUCCCGUGCGGGCCGUGCUCGCCCACGGAGGCGCUGUCGCCGCCCCCCUCCGCCACCAGCUCGGCGCCGUCGCGCGGCGGCUCACUACUGCUGCGCGACAAGCUCAAGACGCUGGUUCACGCGCCCGCGCACACGCCGCCGCACACUAAGCGUGCACUGUCCGGCCAUAACGCAGUGGCCCUUGCAGCAGGCGAACUUCCGCGGCCGGGGCUGGUGAAGAAGCAGCCGUCGUGGACGAUCCUGAAGCGCGCGGCCAUCGUCUCGUCCUCGGGGUCCCGCGAGGACGAGAGCAGCGACGCGAGCGCCGUGUCCGCCCCCGCGGCGCUCGACCGCACCGCCGCCGAGGGUGGAGACGCCGCCGCCGAAUCCGACCUGGUGCCGGGGGCCACGCCUACCGACACGCCCUCCUCGCCUGCGCGCCACAAGGACGUAGACGACGACCAGCUGCCCGUCCCAGCAGUGCCAGGAAUCGCCAAAGAAAACGACGCGUGGAGGCCGUCAGUGGAGAUGGCGUCGCCCCCGCCAGCACGCCCUGCGAAGCCGACCCUGCUGCAAAUCCAACAGCGAGAGACAAAGUUCUACACAUCGAUAGACGACCUGUCGCCCGAGUACUCGGGCCUGCCCUUCGUCAAGAAGCUCAAGAUCCUGAACGAGCGCCAGAAGCUGGCCGAGCUGGAGCGCACCGUGGCCGCCGCCGGCUUCCUGCGCAGCUCCAGCCUCGACUCGGGCGGCGCGCCCCCCGGCUGCCUCGACGGCGGCCUCACCAGGCGGCGCGCUAACCGCCCGCGGCUGCGUGCCGGCAGGUCGCACUCGGAAGCGACGGCGAUGCAGUACGUGCGCUCGCAGCAGCUGUGCCGGGACGGCGCGCCGCCGGAGCCGCCGCAGCACCAGCUGCAGACGCCGACGUCCCCCGAGAGCAACGAGACGCCCGAGCGGCGCAACCUCAAGAGCAUCCUCAAGAAGCUCUCGGCGGGCUCGCUAUUUUCGGCGGUGCCGCCGCCCGCAGUGGACAUGCGCAAGCUGAUGCGUGCGCCCACGGUGGAAGGCUACGCUGCGAGGCACUCCAAGCUCACCAAGAGCGUCACCUUCAACCGCGACACACUCCAGUCGCCUCCAGCGUCUCCUCCAGCGUCGCCUGUCGCAUCUCAGCAGCCUCAAGUGCAGACAGGUCCCACUAGUCCGACAACAACAGCGGAAGACAAUCGAUUGAUAACUCCUCCGCCACCAGUUAUUGCCCAGAAGAAGCCACAACCGCCUGCUUCCGUCUUAGCAGCGAAUCAGAAAAACUUUCUGGGAACAUCGCUGCUCCUACCAUCACAAAAUGGAGAUGAAGAAUUUUUUGGUGACAUAAUCAGUGGCAUCAAGCAAGUCAUCCAGGGCCAUCUCGUAAGCAUUAAGAACACACAUUACUAG